AUGUCGUUGAGUGCUAAGGAGGCGUUUGCCCGGCUUCCAAAGAAGCUCCACAACUUCUUCAUCAAGUACCCGCCGCGGCCGUUGGCCCAGUACGCCGACAAGGCGCUGACGAUCGACGACCCCCAGAAAAACCCGUUCUUCCCCAACAAAAACCCCGAGACCGGCGCCUGGCACGGGCCUAAAUAUUCGUUGCGGAGACUGCUGGAUCUCUACAAGAUGGCCCGCAAGUUUGGCGUUGCUGAUCUUUUGCCGGCGAUGCCUAAGCGUUUCUACGAGGAGAAGUACAACGACAAGCACUGGAUGAAGGGGGUGCUCUCCCACAAGAAGCAGAAAUGGGAACGCGAGUUGCCCGAAAAGUUGGCCGCCCGCGAAGAGGCUAUCCGCAACAUGGACGCCACCAUUGUCGCCGCCCGUCCCGACUACAAGAAACAGUUGGCGAAGAAAGAACAACGGAAACAAACCUGGUUUUAA